AUCAUGCCUGCAGCUCACGCUCCCUUUUUUGCAGCCGGGGUAGGCGGAGAAUCUGGGCCGGAAGCCGAGGAGGGAGGGGGAAAUCCGUGGGCUUUUUUCAGUCCCGCCUGCACGGUCAUCUCCGCCUCCUCCUCCUCCUCCUCCGCGAGCUCUGGCUUGUGUCACGGGCGCUGACGACAGCAGCCUCCUCCGCAUCCCGUCGCCAUGACAACCUUUUGUUGCCUCCAACGCUCGAGUGGUCCAGCCGAGGAGGGGGGCAGCAGGGGCGGUAUAUAGGCAAGGCUUGGGUGGGGGGGAACCAGGGAAGGAAACUCCAGUUCCCCACCCAGAAAAGAGGAAGGCUGGAGAAAUCCUGCUGGAAGGAGAGGAGCUGGACGGGGAGGACAGAAGAAAAGAGAUUUAUUAUAUUGAUUAAUAUAAAUAGUACAGACGCUGCUUAUACAGAGUGGGCUAUUUGGAAAGAGGAGAGAAGGAAGAAAAGACAAAUCCAUCUGGAAACUGAGAAAUCCUCAGCCUUCUUCCCCAAGGAAGAGAGCAGAUUUCUUGGCUUGGAAGAGUUGGGGGAACUGUCCUGAAAGUCUCCGUUGAAAAACAGCACUGAUUGGUAAUGUUUUCCAUCUUUCUCCUGCAAAACUGGGCGUUGAGGAUUAACUGGAGUUGCUGUUUUUGUAAAUUCAGGAAUAAUUAUUUCUAAGGUGGAGCCUUGGGGAGGAGAAGGGGAUACAAGGAAUUGAAUAUUUGGGAGUGGGAUGGCCUUUGAGACUGAAGAACAUCCAAUGAAGUAAUUGGGGUGUGUGUGAAUGAGUGAGCUGCCCCCAAAUGCUGAGAGAGACUAAGAAGAAGGGUGCAUGCCAUCAUAUUUAUAUAUAUUUAUAUAAAUGGGUACAUCAUAUAAAUUUAAUAAACAUGUUGUGAUUAGCUGAGGUGGGGAGCAGAUCGACUUGUUUUAAAAUUGUGACCAACUAUAAUAACUACCAUGGCUUUACAAGACUUGUGGCCACGUACUGUACAAAAUGUGAGCAGAGAAUUGCUCAGUUGCUGUUAGAACACAACUCAGCUAAAUCUUGACUAGAUGACUUCUGAAGGAAGGAGAAUUGGAGAUGAAGAAUUAUUUAAGGGCUAUUAAAGAGAGCUCAGAACUGAAGCCGGAUACAAAGAUGGUGCCCUUUGAGAGGAAUGGAAGGGGACUUGUGACUGGGCAAAAGUCAAAAUGGAGUUGGAAUGACUGCUCAAAAAGUUGUGAUAAACAAAGAAGAUGGAUUUUGGCAAGAUUCUGUUGAGGUGAGGUUGUGUUCUCAAACUAGAGCACAGAGCUGAACGAGAUGGGCAGUUGACACUGGGCGAGCUUACAUUUAUUUUGUUUUAUAUCUUAAUAAUGUUUAUUGUUUGCCCAGCAUUGCAGGGAUAACUAUAUGUUGGAGAAAUCAUGUAUAAUUCAGGGGUUAAAAUCAAGUAUGUAAAUACAAGUAAGUAUGGUCUGCAUCUUUUAAAGUUUGAAAACUAGAUAAUUCAGCAUCCUAGAUGUAUCUUUGGAGAAGAAAGUUUGAAACCAGGAGGUUUUGAGGGAAAUGGAAAAUGAAGGAAUAAAGUAGCUGGCAGCUGAAAUCAGAAUACCCAAAGAAUCUCUGCAGAUGAAACUAGGAGGCAAAACUAGAUAGGGAAAACAACGUAAAUAAAAUUGGAAGUGGACAUUUUAGAAGCAGCAUAUUUAUUAGUUCACCCUUAUUCUACCCAAAAUGCAAGCAUACCUGAAUUGAAAAGGGGAAACUAUUUUUUUCAGAAUUUGGGCUGUGAGGUUAUGGCACAAGUUACAAGUUUCAAGGUAAAUGGGAGGACAAAUUGGCUUGCCGCACUAUAUCCUACUCUUAUAUAAAGAACUCGUAAAUAGCAUCAUAUUCUUAAACCUGCAAUCCUAUCCUGAAAGACCUUGGGACAUUCUGAGACAUCAUCUAUAUUCCACGAGCACACCAGAUAGCAGUAGAAAACCUGAUCUUCCUUUUAGGAAAGGAAGGGGUUUUUGUUUUUAUUUUUAAUUUAGAUCUUCAGUCAACAACUGGGGCAGAGAAGCAAAACCUAUGGGGAACAGUGAAUGCAAACUGGACUUUUCUUCUCCUGAUAAAAGCCUAAGAAACAGGGGUCCCUUCUGGAUGUCAGCAGCUUCCGGAGAGCUCCAGAGGAAUGAUUGAGCUGUUAUGUAUGCUGAACCAUCCACCAUGAAUUUCCGGAACCAUGGGUUCUUUCGCCGUUCUCCACCCACUUCGGUGGCGAAGCCAACUCCUGCUGCCGGGAACACAUUGUCAGUCUUAGGAGGCAUUGCUCAAAUCUCUCCUUGUCUCUAUCUCUGCUCUGGCAAUGCGGCGUCGAAUAGACACAUGGUGUACUCCCGGGCAGUGACCUGUGUGGUAAACGCUACCAUGGAAAUCCCCAACGCCAACUGGCCAGAUAUUGACUAUGUGAAGGUGCCUGUUCCGGACCUCCCCCAUGCUCCACUGUCUUUGUACUUUGACUCCGUGGCCGAUAGGAUACACCAGACAGGGAAGAAGAACGGAAGAACUCUAGUCCACUGUGUGGCAGGUGUCAGUCGGUCUGCCUCCCUCUGUAUUGCUUACCUAAUGAAAUAUCAUCGGUUGAGCCUCUUGGAUGCUCAUGAGUGGGUGAAGAGCAGGCGACCGGUUGUAAGGCCCAACGUAGGUUUCUGGAGACAGCUUAUUGAAUAUGAACGCAAGCUGUUUGGCAAGAACACCGUCAAGAUGGUGCCUUCACCCAUUGGGUUGGUCCCAGAUGUCUAUGAAAAGGAGACCCGUGGGCUGGUCCCCUUGUGGAAUUUGAGAUAAAGACUAUCAUUGAAAUGGGCUGUGGGCCACCUUGACUUAGAAUGAAAAAGUUCCACCAUGUUAGGAUGUUUAACAGGAUUGUUCAGUGUGGUGGAUUUUAAUAAGAAAUUCUGUUAAUGGUAGUCUUUUUCUAAGACCUUGCAAUAUGAGAUCAUGGAAAAGACAUGAGUUGCUUGAACUUUUCAGUGUGAUAGACAAUGCUGUUUGUUAUCAUCCUGUCAAACAUUCCUAAGAACCUGUAUCUUGCUUACAGUCUGAGAUGAGAAAUGGUUAAACACAAACGUACAGGCAGUAAAGAUUACUAUUUAACGCAGAGACUCCAAGGUCUUUAUAAAUUAAUCUUUGCAUAGUAAGGAGAAAUAUCUUUCCCUUUUCUUCCCCCUUCUGCUUCAAGAGUUUUAGAAAUCCUUCCUUGGGUUUGCUUUAAUUUGAAUAAGCACAGUACACUUUCCUUUCUGAAGAAUUAAGCCCUAAGGUGAUGUGAAUUAAAACAAUGAUUCAUCCAAAGAGUCAGGAUUUUGAGGAAUGCACAUAAACUCUAAAGAGCAGUAGCCAAGAAGCUGAGGAUAGCACAACUAUCAACAAUAGUUAUAAGAUGCCAACUCUACAAGGGAAUGUUAUUUCAUACAUACAUUCAGUAAGCAGGUUGCAACUUGGCCACAGUAUUCCGCUCUUGUGGGGAAGAUAGGAAUUUUUGAACAUUGGCUCAGGUUACACUUAAACAGGGUAGAGAUGUAAUUGGAAAGGGAUUGAAGAACAAAUACGCCUGUCAAGCCUUCUUCAUACCCCUUGUUAAGAUUCCAUAGUACGUACCAGGGAAGCUUUCUUAACACACUGCACCUUAAAAAAAGAAAGAAAAAGAAAACAUCUCGAAAGUUAAUACUUUCAUAGUCAGGCGGGAAGUGCGACUUCAAAAAUGUUUAAAGCUGCACAGUAAACAAGUAGUAGAGUCACAAUUUGGCGUGAGCAAGCAAUCCUGUAGUUUUGAUUAUGUGAUUUGUAGUAUUUUAUAACAAGGAGGAUUCCUAAGUGAAGCCUUUCUAAUACAAAAGUAUAAAAUUGGAUGGUAUAUCCAGAGUUGAGCGAAUAUCAAGUGAGAUCUAAGUGUAUCAAGGUGUUUCUCAACCUUGUCAGAUUUAAGAUAUGUUGACUUCAAUUCCCAGAAUUCCAUCCAGUAUGGCUGGCUAGGGAAUUCUGGGAGUUGAAGUCCACACAUUUUAAGCUUACCAAGGUUGAGAAACACAAGUAUAGUAGAGGAUAUCAGAUAGGAGGUAGGGUGUCCAAACUGGUCAGCAUAUCAAAAUGGUUUAAAUUAAUUAUUAAAGCAUGUGUUUGGACAAUACAUCCAUAAUAAUUAUAGGAAGAUGUAAUAAAAAUGGAGAAAGAAUGAAUCGGAUUCCCUUUAUAUAUGUUGAAAUGGCAACUCCCAACUUUUAUAGUCAGUAUGGCCUUGAUCAGUUGUCAUUCCAGUAUACUGAGAGGGAGAACCAUGUUUAAAAAAAGCUGUCUUAAAAGAACUCUAUUAGGGACAAAUUCUGGAUGUCAGCCUAAAUGGAAGAGGCCCAGAUGUGUUUUUGUAUAAACAUCACAUAAGCAUAGUCAACUCUAUAACCAACAAGUGGUCUAUGCUUAUAAAAGAAAUGGUUUAGCAACAUUUCAUAACUCUAUUUCUCUGUCCAGAACAAAGAAUAUAGUUCAUCCAACUUCAUACCCAUCUUGAUUGUAUUGACUUUUCAAUACAAUUGCUAACUCAGCUUUUCACAAAACAGUAUCUUAAGUUUUAUAUGGGAGCUGAAAUCCACAUUUUUGCUGAGAUUGAGAAACAUUGGUAUAGGCCAUCUAAGCAAGCAAUUCAAAUCUAUUUCAUUUAUGUAGAUAGAAAAUAGUCACUUCCCACAUUUACAAUAAAGAAACUGAAAGGAUAGCAUGUUUUUUGGAAGCAAAGUUGUCUUUCUUAUAGAUCUUACUUUUUAAUGGAUAUAUAACAGCUUGGAUAUCUGCCAUGAAAAAUGUCUCAUAUAUUGGCAUUUUACAUGGGGACGGGGAUAUGAUAAUACAGGGGGAUAUGAUAAUACUGUGAGGAAGGAAACUCAGAUGGAUUAUUUUAACUUUUCAUUUGUACGCUGUGCUAGCACUUCCUGCACCAUAAUUAUUAGUGCCUGUAAAUUUGUCUAGUGAAGGACAAUGACAUAUAAAUGCACAAAGCUAAAAUUUUCAUUCCCACCCCCUAGAUAUUUUUAGUUAUUCAAGCAGGGGUAUUAACAGAAGGGUUUGGGACUGAAAGCCAUGACUAGAAGUGACCCACCUCUCUACCUAUAAGAAGGAAACAUAAAUUUUCCGAUAUCUCAAUCUCCCUUCCUCUUAUAGUAUUUGCUUCAUUUUAUCAGAGUUCAGAGACGAAAUAGGGUCAGAUCUUUGUAAUAUUUGGAUAGAAACCAUUGGUGGUGUCCACAAGUAGAACUUCAAGAGACUCCAAGGAAGAAUUUGCUCCAGAGUUUUUCACACAAGCUGGUCUUCCUUUCAAAUGGUAAAAUGUGUGUAUAUAAUAAGUUAUCUAAGGUUCUGCUUCUUAGCCUUGGCCACUUGAAGAUGUAUGGACUUCAAUUCCCAGAAUUUUGGGAUUUGAAGGCCACACAUCUUGAAUUCGCCACGGUUGGGAAACUUUGAUCUAAGGUCUCUGUAUACAUUGUACAUAGAAAAGGGCUGUCGAUAUAAAAGUUCUGAUGUCUUUUGACUUCAGUGACAAAAAGGUCUAUAUAUAAAUAAAUAAAUAAAGUGAACCAGUA